GCAGCCGAGACUCGUUACGCUGCACUCUUACUUCUAAAUUCGAAAUAUACGGGAUCCCAGGACCACCGACUCCGGAACUAAAAAAAAACUGGACAUACUGACAUUGACAUACAGACAUAAGGACACGAUAGUCUUCUUUUUCCCCAUAAACUGCAGAGCUAAUUCUGUAAAUGAGGACUGAAUUUCAGAAGGAUGUCAGGAAAUUUGGAAGAAUUUGUCAACACCGUGCGGAACUUGUCAUCGCAAGGCCAGUUGAGUCAACUAUGCGAUCAUAUGAACAAAUCAUGGAACCUCCUUGUUAAAAACAUUUCACAUCUUGAUACUAUGUUGGAAGCCUUAGAUAUACAAGAACAUACAUUAGGAGUAUUGUACAUCUUAUGUGUUAAAGUAUCUACAUUUCAAUCAUCCAGUAAUCAAGAAGAAUUUGAACAAUUGCUUCUACAAGUUGAUUUGUUUGUGAGUCAGUGUAAUAAAGACCAAACAAGAUAUUCGAUUGGAAACUUUGCCCAGAUGUGUCACACUCUUACUAAUGAGUUAUGUCAAAGAAAUAUGGCAAUUCGUGGAAUCAAACUUAUAUCCAGAAUUAUAGAGCAGGUUCAAGAACAUCCAUCUCAAUUGACAUCUGUGCAUGCUGAUCUAUGUCAGUUGUGUUUAACUGCAAAAUGCCUGAAACCUGCGGCAAAGUAUCUUGACAUUGAAGUUACAGAUAUUUCAAAAGAGAAUGGGUUCUAUGAAUGCAAACACUAUUUAUCAUAUUAUUAUUAUGGUGGAAUGAUCUAUACUGCAUUGAAAAAUUACAAGAGAGCUUUGUACUUCUUUGAACAGGCUGUUGUCUGCCCAGCCACAGCAAUAAGUCAUAUCAUGGUGGAAGCUUAUAAGAAAUAUAUUCUUAUAUCUAUUAUAAGUGAAGGAAGAGUCCUGCCCUUUCCAAAAUACACUUCUCAUAUAGUUCAAAGAGGAAUAAAGCCACUGUGUGGAGCAUACACAGUACUACUGAACGCAUAUGCUACUUAUUCGCCGGCAAAAUUAAACUCAGUAUUAGAAAGUCACGGCCAAGUAUUUAUCCAGGACAAAAAUAUGGGUCUUGUGAAGCAGGUGAUAGCAUCUCUGCAUAAAAGAAAUAUUCAAAGAUUAACAAAAACAUUCAUCACUUUAUCUUUAUCCGAUGUGUCAUCAAGAGCUCAUCUCUCAAGCCCACAAGAAGCAGAAACACAACUGAGAAACAUGAUAGACGAUGGUGAAAUAUAUGCUACUAUAAAUCAGAAAGAUGGAAUGGUUAGUUUCUAUGACAACCCUGAAAAAUACAACAAUCCAGCGAUGUUAGAAGCUAUUGAUAAAGAUAUUCAGUACUUUAUGGAAUUGGAUCGGAAAUUACAAGAAAUGGAUUGUCAGAUUCAAGUCAACCCACAAUAUGUUAAAAAAGCAAAAUCUGUGACGUCACAUGAUGAUGAAAUGGAUGGUGGAUUACUGUCAAGAGCUUCGUCGUCGGCUACAUCUAAUUCUGUUAAAUCAGGAUGAUCAUAGAUGUGAUGUUGGCAAUUAAACUUAAUACUUUAUGGUCACUGUUGUAUGAUAUAAAGUUGAAUAAUAGUUGGGUCUAACGACUAUGGGUCAUUUCCUGAGUAGUCGAAAAUAAACCUAUCUCCAAUCAGGGAAACCGAUUCAUGCUCAUCACUAAUUUUAUAUCUUGUUCCAUGAAAAAAUGUCUCUAAAUAUUUUGUUUCAUUACAAGAGUAAAGUGGUAAAAUUUCUGCAGAUAGGAUUGCUGUAUGUAUGUGCCAGGCAUAUGGUUUCACUUUGACUGUUCGUUUCUCUAUGCAUUACAUUUAUGAAUGUAAAAGAAUUUGAUCUAGAUUUUCCUUACUGCAGCUAGUGGCUCUUUAGGAAAUUUAUACCCAAAAUAUUUAUACUAGAUGUUCCAUUUUUUCAUGCUUGAUCGCCACCAGUCAAUGUAGUAUCUCAUUUUUUUAGUUCCAUUAGUACUUGAAAUAAAUGAAUUGUUUAUAUCUACAAAAAUAAGUUUA